UUUGCUCCUUGCUCAACACCUGUUUAUCAAAUGCCUACUGUGUGUCAAGCACUGGUUGGCAUUGGUAAACAAAACAGACGGGAGAUCCGGACAGCAUCCAGGCUGCCAAGGAGGGAAAGGGCCCGGGCCCAUGGUCUUUCAAGCCUGGCCUGUUCUGGGAAGAGCACUGGUUGUCCCUCCCAGGUGGUCCAGGCCCCACUGACAAUGGGUGAGAGGGAGGAGGACGGCGCCGAGGAAGCCUGGCUGCAGCUGCGGCCCGUGGAGCCCUUGCCCUCCCAGUGCUGCGGCGGUGGCUGCUCACCCUGCGUGUUCGACCUCUAUCACCGAGACCUGGCAAGGUGGGAGGCAGCCAGAGCCAGCAAGGACAGGAGCCUGCUGAGUGGGCAGGAGUCACAGAGCUGCCCCUCCAAGCUGAGCCCAGAGACCUUCCUGGCCUUCCGCAUCAGUGCCAUGGACAAACUCACGAAGGACACUUACUGUGUUCGAUUUGCGCUACCUGGGAACAGCCAGCUCGGCCUGCAGCCUGGCCAGCACCUCAUCCUACGAGGGAUAGUAGAUGACUUAGAAAUUCAGAGAGCCUACACGCCCAUCAGCCCUGCCAACACAAAAGGAUACUUUGAAGUUUUAAUUAAGUGCUACCAGACUGGGCUGAUGUCCCGGUAUGUCGAAUCCUGGAGAGUAGGAGACACAGCUUCCUGGCGGGGACCUUUCGGAGGUUUCUUCUAUAAACCAAACCAGUAUGGUGAGCUCCUCAUGCUGGCUGCGGGCACAGGCCUGGCCCCCAUGGUGCCCAUCCUGCAGAGCAUCACAGACAACGCGGACGACGAGACUUUUGUCACUCUAGUCGGCUGCUUCAAGACCUUUGAGGGCAUCUACCUGAAAACCUUCCUCCAGGAGCAGGCCCGUUUCUGGAAUGUCCGCACUUUCUUUGUACUCAGCCAGGAGAACUCCCCGGAGCAGCUUCCCUGGAGUUACCGGGAGAAGACCCGCUUUGGCCGCCUGGGCCAGGGCCUGAUCGAAGAGCUGGUCCGCUGCUGUCGGAGAAAGCCCUUUGCACUGGUCUGUGGCUCGGCUGAGUUCACCGAGGACGUAGCCAGGUGCUUGCAGUGUGCGGGCCUCACCGGGGACUCCUACUUCCUCUUCUAGUCUGGGCCGCCCUUCCAAAGCCAGGCCGGGCCUGCUGCUGGAACCCAGGAAGGAGCACAGACUGCAGGCAGAAGACGUGGAGUCCAGGCUGGCCCUGCUGCUGACUGGCCAGGCGACCUCUGUCUCUCAUCGGUUCCAUGAGGUUCAUCGUGCCCUCCUGGCGUGCUGCUGUGUGGAGGGAGGGCAGGAGGCUGGAGAGGCUCGAGGAGGGGAGCACCAGCCUGGGAGUCAGGGAAGACUCCUCAGAGGAAGCCAAGUGCAGGCUGAGCCCCAAGACAAGUAGGAGCCACAGGGGAAGGGGCCAGAGGAGCUUCCCUGGUCCUUCUGAUCAGAGGGCCUGUGCGGGACUCUGGCCGUGGUCUCAGCACUGGCUCAGACGAGGGCUCCCUCGGUGUGUAGGGAUGACAGAGGGGUGGCUAAGCCCUUUGCAGGAGGACCUCUGUCAUCUAUAUACCUCCAGUGCCAUGAGCCUGACAUGCUGAAGGGCUUGGGUUCUAUGACGUGACCAUGUUCUGAGAGCAGAGCAGGGCCCUGGAUUGCCCAAGGCUUUCCUGCUGCAAAUGGCUUUGUUCUCAGUCCCCCUUUCCUGGUUCAAGAGCCAGGUCCAGAGUCCUUUCCCAAGCAAAAGCAGAGGCAGGGGAGGCAAACACACACCCCUCUUUCCUCCUGCAGGCAACCGGCGCCUUCGGCUCUAGUGCCCUGGCUACAGUUGCUAUGGAGAUCUAAAGAUAGAGCAGGCGUCAGGAGACCUGGGUCCCUCUCCCAGCUCUGCCCACUGGGCAGCUGCUGAUUCCGAUACACCCACCCUUUCCCUCUGUGCCCCAGGAACCCGCCCCUGGUCAGCACACUGCCGUUAACAAAUUCUGCUUUUCGCGGCCUGCGCUCCAGCGUGCACAUGCCUCGCCGGCUCAGGUUGGCUACAGGCAGUUCCAGCAUUGGAACACUAAGCUGUGGAAUAUUACAUUUAGACUUUUACAGUCGUAGAAUUGCAGUCUUCAUCGUAUCAAAGCUGAAAGUUCAGGACUCCAAAAACAUGCAGUGUAACAGACCUGCUGUAUAAAUGGAGAAACUGAGGCCCAGUGAGGCUAAGUGACUUGCCCAGGGUAAGACAGUUCAUCCAGAGCCAGCGCUCGAAGUCUCCUAGUUUCAACCCCAUGCGCAUAGUUCUGCACCAGUGGUUUUCAAACUAGGCUGCACAGGGCACUAGGGUUCCUUGCAUGGCAGCAGCAAAGGGACAGCCGGAGAGAUCCCCAGGUUUUCCAGUUCUAUUUUUACCCCAUUUAUAUAUUGGGGCUUGGAGUAAUUUUUAUUUGUAAAAAAAAGAUUUUCCCGUCCCACCCCCAAAAUUACAACAAAUCUCUGUGCUACGCCACGUUCAAUAAACAGCCGUGACAAGCAGCUGGGGAACAGUGCCGGAGGUUUCUGUAUCACCGCAGGGCUCCAGGGUUGAGGAGAUGUGGGGUACUAUAUGUGACCUCCAAGAAUCGCAGGAGCAUAUUGAAGCCUCUGAAAUGACUAGCGAGAACAGAACUUCAUUUUGUUUAACCCAGAGUUUCUCAAGCUUAUUUAACUCUAGAACACAUUUCUAAGGGUUUCAAAACCUCUUUCUGACACAGAGUGAUGAGAGUCAGAGGGCAAGGCGCUUUCUUCUCUCAGGGCCUCGGAAGCCAGAGAGUCUUCCUCCACCCUUCCCUCUCCCUCGCUUGGCACGUCCUGUUGACGCUUCUCCCUGUCUGAGCCCUGCGCUGUUCUAGGCACCAAGGAAACAGCAGCAAACCAGGCAGAGGCAGCUGUUCCUACUGGGAAACUUAGCCUAGCAAGGAUGGCAGAAAUUAAACUGGCAAUUCGAAAGGGGAUGAGUGUUAUAAAAGGGAAGUAUGGAGUGCUGGGAGAGUGGGUGGCGGGGGCUUUAGCCUAGCCUAGGGGAGGGCCAGGGACAUGCCACUGCCACUGAGAUAGAGGCUUCAAAAGUAAAACUGUCACUCAGAAUUAAGGGUGCUAAGGGGGUCCCCGCUUAAGGGAUAGAGUGUCUGAGGUAGUUCUCAUAUGUCUGUCCUUGUCUCGGUUCAGAUACUUGAUGUGUAGAUGUUAGACAAGGCCACCCAGUGGUAACUGACAGCGCUCUUGUCCUAGAAUGUGCUGCCCUCCCCGUCCCCUCACUCCAUGCAGAGUCCGUGCAGUCUGCUGCUGCUGGGAUCUCUGACCAUGGGACGCCAGUGAUGACCCAGCCAUGCCCUUGGUGCCAAGAUGCCAAAAGGGCUUUUAUCAUCCGGAAAUAUGAGAGCUCACGGCUGGGUGCUAAGCAAGGCCAGGAAGAGGACUGGCUGAGAUGUGUGAGUUCGGGCCUCCUGGAAUUGGGGUGACAGUCCCGUCAGCUGGCCACUGCUGCCGUCUCUCCUGGUGAUGGCCUGCAGCAUGUCCAUGUCGUGGGUCUGUGCUGCCAGGGCAAUGGCCACUGCGUGAUGUGGCCGUGGGAGACGGGAGCCUUAGGAGCUCCACAUGGCACAGAGGCAUCAGGAGGUCAACAGAGUGUCCACAGUUCUGUGAGCCAGACAGAUGUGCCUUUUGUGCACGAGUCCCGAGCUUCAGGACAGCAACAGCUACCAAGGGGACUGGGACACAUUCUCUUUAGUUCUCCCCUCGCUGUGUUUUGCCUGCACCACUUACGCAUUCCCCAUUCCCCUUAGGGGUCUGUCUCCCAGCCCCCAGUCCCUGCCCUCCACACUGAGACCACACAAACCCGAGCCUGUCACUCCCCUACUCUGCUUGAAAUCCUUCAAUGGCUCCUGGUGGCCCUCGGGAUUCACCGUCUCAGCUCUGCUCACCUCUCCAGACGGACUGAUGCUCUGCCCCUCACGCCCACCUCUCAGGCUCCAGCCACAUUCCGCACGGGUCCGUCUCCCUCCACUCACCUUUUUUGCAUCCUCUACUGAGCUCUCAGCUCAGUGUCACUUCCCUGGGGAGCCUCGCCUGCCGCUCACACUCCAGCUGGAUCAGUGAGCAGGGAGUCUCAUGUUUCUGUUGCUGCACCUGGCAGACUGUCCGUUUGCAUGCGAGCACAAGGGCCUGUCCACUGUGUCCCCAACGUGGGAAGGUGCUCCACACAUCCUGAAUGUCGCCUGCCUGAGCCAUGAACGGCUAAUACUCGUGGAGUAUUUUACAGGUGGCAAAAGGCUUUGCAUCUACAUUGAAGCAGGGGCUCUUCACCAACAUGCAUGCUUUUUACUGCCCCAAUUUACUGAUGAGCAAACUAAGCUUCUGAGACAUCGAGUGAUUCUCCAAAGUCAUGUAGGGGACACAAAUUCCAACAUGCUGUAAUCGUUGUAAAGGUUGUAUGUGACACAUGAGAGCACCCAGAGACAUGUAUAAAGAUUUUUAUUGCUACACUAUUUGAAACAGCAAAGACUAAAAAUGCUGAUAUGUCCAUCAGAAAGAGAGUGGAGAAACAGUUCUAUGUUCACACAGUGGAAACCACACAGCAGUUAAAAUGAAUGAACUGGAUCUACAUGUCCCAACAUAGACUAAAUCCUAAAAACAGAAUAAUUGAACAAAAUGCACAUGUAAAAGGAUAGGGACAGUGAGAUACCUAUACUUGGAAAUUGCAAAAACCCAAAAUAACGCUCAGUGCUCAGGAGGAGACACUCCAACGUCAAGGACUGUGGUGACCUAUGGUGACCGAGGGAAGGGAAUGAGAUGGGGUGGAGGGGCUUUUAGCCAUAUCUGUAGUAUUUUAUUACAAAAAUGUUUGAAAUGAACAUGGCAAAAUAUGAAUAUCUGGUAAAUCUGGGUAUUGGGUUUCCCGACGUCUGUUAUAUUAUUUUCUACCUUUUUCUGUGUUUGAAAUAGUUCCAUGAGUAAAGAUUUUUUUAAAAA